AUGGCUACAACACACAUCCCCGCAGCCCCUCCCAAGCGCCGCCGCAUUGGCGUCCUCACCUCCGGCGGUGAUGCCCCUGGUAUGAACGGCGCCGUGAGGGCCGUCGUCCGCAUGGCCAUCCAUUCCGACUGCGAAGCCUACGCCGUCUUCGAGGGAUACGAAGGUCUCGUCAAUGGCGGGGACAUGAUCCGUCAGCUACACUGGGAAGAUGUUCGAGGAUGGCUCUCACGGGGUGGAACACUCAUUGGAUCCGCUCGCUGCAUGAGCUUCCGCGAGAGACCUGGUCGCCUGCGCGCCGCGAAGAACAUGAUUCUGCGCGGAAUCGACGCCCUCGUUGUCUGCGGUGGUGAUGGCAGUUUGACCGGUGCCGAUGUUUUCCGCUCCGAGUGGCCUGGACUUUUGGACGAAUUGGUCAAGACAGGGGAGUUGACCACUGAGCAGAUCAAGCCUUAUACCGUUUUGAAUAUCGUCGGUCUUGUGGGAUCCAUUGAUAACGACAUGUCCGGCACGGAUGCCACAAUUGGGUGUUACUCGUCCUUGACUCGAAUUUGCGACGCUGUCGAUGAUGUUUUCGAUACAGCAUUUUCCCACCAAAGAGGUUUCGUCAUCGAGGUGAUGGGACGACACUGUGGUUGGCUUGCGCUGAUGGCCGCCAUCAGUACGGGCGCGGAUUGGCUCUUCAUUCCCGAGAUGCCCCCUCGAGAGGGUUGGGAAGACGACAUGUGCGAGACUAUCACAAAGGUGGGCGAUCAAGUCCUUCUAUCUGCUCUGAGGUGCUAA